CCUCUCUGUCUCUCUUUCUCCUUUCUCCCUCUCUCCUCUCUCCCCCCCACCUCCCCCCCACACAGAAAUGGGCCGCGGUCAGCGCUCCUGAGGUAAAGUCACCUUUAAUCUCACCGCUCAUGGAGGAUCCGCGCGAUAACGGCGGGAUGUUGUCGCUGGAGGCGCAGCCGCGUCGUAUUGGUGUGAAAACGGUGAGCAGUGGAGAGCCUUCAUCCUCCUCUUCCUCCUCCUCCUGCUGCCCGCGCCUGCCCGCGCUCUCAUCGGCCUCCACUCAUCCCCCUCACCCCCCUCACAGCGCUGCUUCGAGGAGACACCCGCCUCCGUACCACUUCAGAGUGCAUCACCUGUUCCCGGAGGAGAACGCUCAGGACCCCGUGCUGAGGAAACACCUCCCCGCGCUCCAGUACAAGGUCCACGACUCUGCCUUCUGCCGCGUCCUGAGCACCGACACCACCGCCGCCGCUCUGGCCGCCGCCGCCGCCGUGUGCUCGGGCAGCGUGGAUGCCGACGUGUGGAAGUGCGGGUAUCUGAGGAAACAGAAACACGGACACAAGAGGUUUUUCGUGCUGAGAGGACCCAGUAAUCUCGGGCCCAGUCGCCUGGAGUACUACGACAGCGAGAAAAAAUUCAGAAAUGCUCUCAAAGCUGCUGCCUCCACCACCGGUGUGGCGUGUCCCCCUAAGAGGGUCAUUUACCUGUCCCAGUGUUUCACCGUCAACAAGAGGGCUGACGCUAAGAACAAAUACCUCAUCGCUCUUUAUACUAAAGACGAGUAUUUCGCCAUGGUGGCGGACAGCGAGCAAGAGCAGGACGACUGGUACCUGGCCCUUACUGAACUCAUGACUGAGGGCAAAAAGGGGCAGCUGGACACGGACGAGUUAGACGACGGCUACGGGACCAUUUCACCCGGGACCAUUUUUAAGGAGGUGUGGCAGGUAAACGUUAAGCCUAAAGGUUUGGGGCAGACUAAGAAUUUAAUGGGGGUGUACCGUCUGUGCCUUUCUGCCAAGACAAUUCACCUGGUGAAAUUGAAUUCCGAGACCCCUGCUGUGAACCUGCCUUUGAUGAACAUUCGCCGCUGCGGCCAUUCGGAGAGCUUUUUCUUCAUCGAAGUGGGACGCUCUUCUUCUAUUGGUCCGGGUGAGAUUUGGGUGCAAGUGGAGGACUCUGUUGUGGCGCAGAACAUGCACGAGACUAUUCUUGACACCAUGAAGGCUUUAAAGGCGUUUCCGGACUUUAGACCACGGAGCAAAAGCCAGUCCUCCGGAUCCAACCCAAUACCUUUUAUUACCACGCGCCGCCACUUCGGCAACCUCCCUUCCAGCCAGGCCGGGCUCCAGCGUGCCUCCAGAACCGAUUCAGUGACAGGAAAGAGUAAAGGCGUAACAGGACAGCGCUACAGAACUUCCAGUGAGGGCGAGGGCACCUCAGAUCGACCUCUCAGCUCGGGCACGGGCAGCUUGCUGCACCUGAACACGCCGUGUCUGAAUGUGGGCCGGGAGGAAAGCGGGGGCUGCUGCGCCCAUGCCUCACCUGGUUCUACUUAUCAUACUCGCUCCGCCUCUCUCCCCGUAUCCCACUUCCUGUCUGCUACGAGCCCUAUCAGCGUUUCCAGCAGCAGCGGCCACGGUUCAGCCUCGGACACACACACGCGCCCCUCCAGCUCAUCCAUCUGCGGCUCUCCCAGUGACGGAGGCUUUAACUCCUCCGAUGAGUUCUGCCCCAGCCCGUGUGACUUUAGAUAUUUUCGUGCGAGCAGCAGUACGCCUGAACCGCACGGUGACACUCCGCCCAUCAGGGAGGAGUAUCGACUGGCGGACUACAUGGCCAUGGACUGGUAUAAAGACACGCAUGGCGGUGUCAGGACUUUCGAAGAGGAGAGCAGUUAUAUGGAAAGAACUUUUCUUAAACUCGCACAUUAUGCCAAACCAAAACCUGCUAAUAGUUUAGGUGUCACGCACCAAAAAGCAACGCAGACUUCAGCUUCAUUAGAUGAAUCGAGCCCUGUGGAGUCAAAGCGGCACGCUGUGUGCUCCUGCCUCCUUAAAGCAGGCUAUAAAUCUUACUCUGAGUUACAUCACCCAAACAGGCCUCCCUCACUCAGCUCAGACGGUCAGAUGAAACUGCCUAAGGAUGACGGCUACAUGCCUAUGAUAUACAGCGUCGUCCCCUCUCCUCAUACGGAUUACACCCCUAUGCAACCCAGUGCGAAUCACCUGGCCGCUCUGCACCUUCAUCCUUGCUCCAUGCAGCAGGUGGACAGACAUGGAUACAUGAUGAUGCUGCCACGAGACAGCCCAUCUCCAGGAAUAUCCAGUCCUUCCAGCAGAAGCCAAACUGAGUACGAUGAUUACAUGGACAUGUCACAGCUCGGCUGUGCUGAAGGCUACAGGCAGGCUUCCCCCGAGGGCCCUAAAUCAUAUGGCUCCUAUUUCUCACUUCCACGCUCUUACAAAACCCCAUGUCGAGAGGAUCGCAGGAAAUCAGAAUAUGUUCCAGAGUCUCCAGACGAACCUCAGAGCCCUCCCAGUCCAGGAGACUACAUCCACAUGGAGUUUGGAGAUCGAGCUCCUCAUGAAGCCUCCUCCCCAUCAGCAGUGCCAAGUUCUCAGCCUUGCUAUCAGAUGUGCUGCUCCUCACCUGACCACGACUACAUAGGCCUAAACAUGGACAGCCUCCUAAAGAACCGCCCGCCUCGGCACUCCCUUGUAGCCCCGUGGAAUCCUCCGAACUACGCACGCCCUUUAGGGUGCACCUACGGCCAGGUUCAGAAUAACUUUGUCACUAAGAAUGUUCACAGAGAGGCCGAGAGUCCCUCCAGGAUGAUCCAGGACCUCUGUGUGUCUGAAAGGUCGCCCAGCCCUCAGUCAGAGCCUAAGGUCAUUAGGGCAGACCCACAGGGCAGGAGGAGACACAGCUCAGAGACCUUUUACCCCUGUCCCGGUGCCACUCCUGGUGGAUGUGGUGCCAGAGCCGCUGCCAUUGUGAAUCUUGUAGAAGGAUCUCGAUGGCAAAACUCUGCCUCGUUCGAUAGCGUGUGGUCUUACACGGAAGAUCAAGGAUCUCCUGAGUCAGUUCUCCUCUCUGCUAACUGUGCACCUGGAGGAACGCGCUGCAACGUUUCGUCCAGCUACCUCAACUACAUCGCUCUGGACCUGAGGGAAGUCCCAAGGAUCACCCACGAAGCCACGCCUCCGCACCAGGCCCGCAGGGCCCUCGAGGAGAGCCAGGCCUGUGCCGGUUUGGACUCGACCAAGUCAGCAGGACACACCACUGCCUCGAAAGAUUGAACUCGUCGCCCGCCGGGACGGAACCAGAACUUUGGGCCUCUCGCGGACCCUGCGGUGCCGAAGAGGAAGCUGCCUCCUCCUCCUCCUCCUCCCCCCCCCCCUCUUCAUCAGACCUCCAACUGCAAAGACUGAAUAAACACCGCAGCCUCUCUUGCUCUGUAUCUCCUACAUAACUGCCUCAGACUGGUUCCAUUUUUAUUGUUGGGUUAAAACACACACACACACACACGUGUUCAUGUUUACGAGAGUUUACGUGAGCGACUGCGCUGAUCGUGAGUCUGAAACUCAGAGCUGUGAACUUCAUCCAGCACUUAUUAACCUUCAUGACCCACACACACACACACACACACACUGCUAAAUCACUGUAAAUACGAGGUGCUCGUGUAUCAAAUGAGAUUUUGUAAAAUGUGCCAACUACUUAGUAGUCCCUUACACACACACACACACACACACACACACAUGAACACAGAUAUUUGUUUAUUUUGAUAAAUUACAUAUUUCUGUGUUCAUGUAAAUUUUUUCUGGAAUCCUGCAAAUCAAGUAAAUGGUUUCCCGUUGGAGACACACACACACACACACACACACACUCUCUCUGCCUUCAGAUUAACACUGGUUGAUGUUUUUGCUUCGACUGUGAAACACUGAUCCUGAUGAAUCCGGUUUGAACCGUUUCACUAAAACAUUCCUGCAGCUGCUCUGGGACCGUGUGUGUGUGUGUGUGCGUGUGUGUGUGCGUGUGUGUCCGUCCGUCCGUCCUUUAGCUGUAGACCAGACUGAUGUUUGGAGUUCUCCAUCAGUAGGGAGCGGGGUCACACAAGGUCAGGGGUCGAAUCUCUUCACCACCAAAUCGCCUGAGCGAUCAAACCCCGCCCCUCCCUCCGCCACAGGGGGCGCUGCAUCACGGCUGACCUCUGACCCCAACACCCUAACACACUGCGGUCUGUAAAAGCCGUCUCCCCUGUACAGUAACGUCUGUGUGUUUAGUAACAGGAAGUGAUUAAUAAAUGAAUAAGGAUUUGGCGUCUGAGCCCCGGAGCGAGUCGCGACGCCGUGAUGUCACCAGUGUACAAAUCUCACCUCAACACAAACCACGUAGUCACAGGUCGCACUUUGUAGGUUUUAGAUAAAUAAAGCUAAGACAGUGUUUCAGUGUCGCCGCUAGCUCGAGGAAACCGCGCAGUAAAUCUGUCUCGCUCUGAGGAGCGGAGAAACGCGCGGAUCACACGGAAACGCCGGAGUCCCUUCAGAUUUAAAGUGUGAGCGUACACACACACACACACACACACACACACGGUUUCCUUUUGUAUUUGAGUCUGAAAGGAUGCUGAGCCAACAUGUGUUUUUGUACUCUGUAUUUAUUUGAUAUUUGUAUUUAUUAUUGUAUUUGUUUAUUAUUUAUUUGACAUGACGAUGCUGCAGAUGAGUUUUUUUUUUACUGACUUCCGUUUCAGAAAAGAGAAACAGACAGAUGUUUACUGAACCCGUUCAUCUCAUCCACAUGGCGCUCUGUCCGGCACUUUAUUUGUUUAUUUAUUUAUUUGUCUAUUUGUUUGUUUCUUGACUCUGAUACGAUGAUGAUGUGACUGUACACUGCUGGUCAUUAACAGAGGGGGGCGCUCUUCCUGUAAAUAACAGAGUUUUUUAAUACCAUGUGUUUUCUCACAUAUUUUGUAUUUAUUUAUUUUGAUUGAUCGAUCGGUUAAUUGAUUAGUGUAAGGGUCCCUCGGGGCCCCUCCCCCGCCCGUACCCGUGCCGGAGAGACGUGUGUGUAGUGAGACGUGUUUAGCUUGGCAGUCGGUGUGUCCGUGAGCUUUCCUCAGAAUCCGGCGAGAGAUUCGUCUUUUUUUGACUCGCCUGUGUGUCCCGCCGUGGUGUCAUGAUUAUUGCGUUGCUUUUAAUGUGUGUAAAAAAACGUGAUGUGGGAUCGCAGGGGUGAAGAAUACGAGGAGCAGUAAACUGUUUUCGGGGAACUUUUCUACGCGAUAACUGCAGCGAUGAGCUGAAUGUAACCGCGCUCGUGUUUCAUUUUGUACCUCGAGAUCUUCUGAAGAUCGAGAACCAGAGAAACCGAUCGCGUGUGACGUCACUGGAACCGUGAUCUCGGAGUUUAUUUAUUUAUUUAUUUCAUUUCAUUUGAACUCGUUUUAGUCGUAAAGGAAGAGAGCAGCAGACCUGGAGCGGCCGAGUGUGUGUCGACGAUUUGUGUUUAUUUUCUCUUGAGGUUCCGAGUCAACGCGCUCUCACACACUCUCUCUGCGAUCGGGCCGAACCGCGCUGGUAGAAUCGGAUCAUUCGAAACACUGUCUUCCUUUGUAAAUAUUGUAAUUUUUUGAUAUCUCUCUCUCUCUCUCUCUGUUGAUCACGCUACGCAGCGCCCACUUUCCUUGAUUUCAGAACGCGGGUGUCUGAAGAUUCUUUUGUCAGUUCUACAUUUUUAUAUUUUAUUUUUGGUGUAUAUUUAACAAAUUGGGUUUUGCUUGUCAUAGAGCUAUUGCAAUAAAAAAGUGCCAAGGUAUUCCUGAA